UCCCUUCUCUUUCGGUAAUCAUCUUUUUCUCUCUCUUUAUCUCUCUCUCCUUAUCCAGAAACCAAACCUAUCAAUUAUCAAACUCGAAACACCAUGGAAACUCAUAACCCUGUCAACUGGUCGAAGCUCCCUCUCGAUAUCCUCAGAUCUCUGUUUGAACUUUUGAGUUUUGUGGAUUUCCAUCGAGCGAAGAUGGUUUGUUGCAACUGGUAUUCUGUUUCGAAACAAACAGUUCCCCGGGAAAGCAGAUCUCCAUGGCUAAUGCUUUUUCUUGAAGACGGUACUGAUUGCAUGUUGUACAACCCAUACGAAAAAGUUAUGGUUUACAGGAGAGCAGCUGGGAGAAACUCUACUUCAGGGAGUCGAUUCCUGGCAAGCUGCGGUAAAUGGUUCCUGAUGCUAGAUUCUCGAUCCAGAUUAUAUAUUAUAGAUGUGUUAAGUACUGGGAAUAGGAUUGAUCUUCCUCCAUUAGAGUCGCUCCUAUCAAACGACUCCGCUCUGAAGCGUAAGGAAGAUAGAGAUAGGGAGUUUGAAUAAGAAUUAACUAGUGGCUCUGUUUACUCAUUAUACACUGAUGAGAUUAGGGGACGUCUGUGGGUAGACGAGAAGACGCAAGAGUUGUCUUUAGUCUGGUUCUUUGACGCCCCUGCUUGUUUUUUAGGGUUUUACAAGCAAGGGAAUGCUCAUUACGAUCUCAUUCGGAUUAGCUAUGGUAUCCCCAGGAUGUUAACUGGCCUACUACGUCUGGUUCUUCGGGGUUACCGUCUAUACAUUUUAACGACGCGUUGUUUCGUUCGAGUCUUAGAUUUUUCUAGGCAGCAAGGUUUCGAAGAACUCACGAGGAGUGAUACUUACCCAUCCCCAACGUUUGCUCGUCUUGGAUAUGAUUGUUAUUUUAGCAUCGUUGUUACUACAGCAGGAGAGGUUUUGUUGGUCACAAUCACAACCUCUGAAAGUAGCGAAAGGGCCUUCCGCGUCUACAAGAUGGAUCCUAAUGCUGACCCAGACGACCACAUGCAUGAUCUUCUUGACAUAGAUUCUCUUGGUGAUGAAGCCCUGCUUCUCGACUUGGGUAUCACUGUGCCUGCUAACAAUACCCUUGGUAUCAAACAAAACUCCAUCUAUUUCACUCAUCAUAACCUUAUCCGUUCCAAGACCAACUGGAAGAAAGUCACCCAUGUCCUUCCCCCUAAUGAGGUGGACAUCUGUGUGUUCAAUCUUUCAACCAAGACCCUCGAGCCCUUCCCUGCUCCCUCCAACAUGACUCUCAAGGAUGCUCGAUGGAUUUUCUCUAUCUGAAAGAAUGUCUGAAAAGAGGAAUGCGUUCUCCUUCUCAUUAUAAAGUAAGAUAAGAACAUGCUUUUUUAACCAAUUUAUAAGUAGAAUUUUUUAGGCCCAGCUUUUUGGUUAUCUUGCCAAUUAAUACAUAGAAUUUUCCUUCAAGUCUUAGUAUAAGAUAUUGUUUCUUGCUCUGAAUUCUGCCUGAAGAGAACAAAACAUGGCAGAGUACAUAGAAAUGCAGAUGCUCUCAAGAUGUUAGG